ACUCUCAUGGUACUUCCUAUAUAAGCACUCGGCUUGAGCUCAAGAAAUCAAUCGUUUCUCUGAAACCGUCCCAAUGAAUAUCCUGAGAAGUUUGCUUUUUCUUGCCCUGCACUAUGCUGCCCAUGCAGAUCGGGAAGGAAGUGGCGCUAGGCAAAUCGUUGACGAGACGGACACGGCUGGCAUAACAUAUCCAUUCUAUUGUGCCUUCGAUCCUUUCCUGCCGGGAUGCCCACUGGCUCCUACAACAGCAAAGACAACUCCUGAACCGACAACACCGAAAACAACUACAGUAAAGACUACCACAGUGAAGACGACUCCAGAGCCGACAACUCCGAAAACAACUACAGUGAAGACUACGACAGUAAAGACGACUCCUGAACCGACAACUCCGAAAACGACAACCGUUAAGACUACAACAGUAAAGACGACUCCAGAGCCGACAACUCCGAAAACAACAACAGUAAAGACUACCACAGUGAAGACGACUCCAGAGCCGACAACUCCGAAAACAACAACCGUGGAGACUACAACGGUAAAGACGACAUCUGAACCGACAACUCCGAAAACAACUACAGUGAAGACUACGACAGUGAAGACGACUGCAGAGCCGACAACUCCGAAAACAACAACCGUGGAGACUACAACAGUGAAGACGACUCCAGAGCCGACAACUCCGAAAACAACGACCGUGGAGACUUCAACAGUGAAUACGACUCCUGAGCCGACAACUCCGAAAACAACUACAGUAAAGACUACCACAGUGAAGACGACUCCAGAGCCGACAACUCCGACAACAACUACAGUGAAGACUACAACAGUACAGACGACUCCUGAACCGACAACUCCGAAAACAACAACCGUGGAGAGUACAACGGUAAAGACGACUCCUGAACCGACAACGCCGAAAACAACAACCGUGGAGAGUACAACGGUAAAGACGACUCCUGAACCGACAACGCCGAAAACAACAACCGUGGAGAGUACAACGGUAAAGACGACUCCUGAACCGACAACGCCGAAAACAACAACCGUGGAGACUACAACAGUGAAGACGACUCCAGAGCCGACAACUCCGAAAACAACCACCGUGGAGACUUCAACAGUGAAUACGACUCCUGAGCCGACAACUCCGAAAACAACGACCGUGGAGACUUCAACAGUGAAUACGACUCCAGAGCCUACAACUCCGAAAACAACUACAGUGAAGACUACGACAGUAAAGACGAGUCCUGAGCCGACAACUCCGAAAACAACAACCGUUAAGACUUCAACAGUAAAGACGACUCCAGAGCCUACAACUCCGAAAACAACGACCGUGGAGACUACAACAGUGAAGACGACUCCAGAGCCGACAACUCCGAAAACAACAACCGUGGAGACUACAACAGUGAAGACGACUCCAGAGCCGACAACUCCGAAAACAACGACCGUGGAGACUACGACAGUAAAGACGACUCCUGAGCCUACAACGCCGACAACAACUACAGCAAAGACUACCACAGUGAAGACGACUGCAGAGCCGACAACUCCGAAAACAACAACCGUGGAGACUACAACAGUGAAGACGACUCCAGAGCCGACAACUCCGAAAACAACGACCGUGGAGACUUCAACAGUGAAUACGACUCCUGAGCCGACAACUCCGAAAACAACUACAGUAAAGACUACCACAGUGAAGACGACUCCAGAGCCGACAACUCCGACAACAACUACAGUGAAGACUACCACAGUGAAGACGACUCCAGAGCCGACAACUCCGACAACAACUACAGUGAAGACUACAACAGUACAGACGACUCCUGAACCGACAACUCCGAAAACAACAACCGUGGAGAGUACAACGGUAAAGACGACUCCUGAACCGACAACGCCGAAAACAACAACCGUGGAGAGUACAACGGUAAAGACGACUCCUGAACCGACAACGCCGAAAACAACAACCGUGGAGACUACAACAGUGAAGACGACUCCAGAGCCGACAACUCCGAAAACAACCACCGUUAAGACUACAACAGUAAAGACGACUCCAGAGCCGACAACUCCGAAAACAACGACCGUGGAGACUACGACAGUAAAGACGACUCCAGAGCCGACAACUCCGACAACAACUACAGUGAAGACUACAACAGUACAGACGACUCCUGAACCGACAACUCCGAAAACAACAACCGUGGAGAGUACAACGGUAAAGACGACUCCUGAACCGACAACGCCGAAAACAACAACCGUGGAGAGUACAACGGUAAAGACGACUCCAGAGCCUACAACUCCGAAAACAACGACCGUGGAGACUACGACAGUAAAGACGACUCCUGAGCCUACAACUCCGAAAACAACUACAGCAAAGACUACCACAGUGAAGACGACUCCUGAGCCGACAACUCCGAAAACAACUACAGUAAAGACUACCACAGUGAAGACGACUGCAGAGCCGACAACUCCGAAAACAACGACCGUGGAGACUACAACAGUGAAGAUGACUCCAGAGCCGACAACUCCGAAAACAACAACCGUAGAGACUACAACAGUAAAGACGACUCCUGAGCCUACAACUCCGAAAACAACUACAGUGAAGACUACGACAGUAAAGACGACUCCAGAGCCGACAACUCCGAAAACAACAACCGUGGAGACUACAACGGUCAAGACGACUCCAGAGCCGACAACGCCGAAAACAACAACCGUGGAGACUACAACAGUAAAGACGACUCCUGAGCCGACAACUCCGAAAACAACUACAGCAAAGACUACCACAGUGAAGACGACUCCUGAGCCGACAACUCCGAAAACAACUACAGUAAAGACUACCACAGUGAAGACGACUCCAGAGCCGACAACUCCGAAAACAACAACCGUGAAGACUACAACGGUAAAGACGACAUCUGAACCGACAACUCCGAAAACAACUACAGUGAAGACUACGACAGUACAGACGACUCCUGAACCGACAGCUCCGAAAACAACAACCGUGGAGAGUACAACGGUAAAGACGACUCCUGAACCGACAACUCCGAAAACGACAACCGUUAAGACUACAACAGUAAAGACGACUCCUGAGCCUACAACUCCGAAAACAACGACCGUGGAGACUACGACAGUAAAGACGACUCCUGAGCCUACAACGCCGACAACAACUACAGCAAAGACUACCACAGUGAAGACGACUGCAGAGCCGACAACUCCGAAAACAACAACCGUGGAGACUACAACAGUGAAGACGACUCCAGAGCAGACAACUCCGAAAACAACGACCGUGGAGACUUCAACAGUGAAUACGACUCCAGAGCCUACAACUCCGAAAACAACUACAGUGAAGACUACGACAGUAAAGACGACUCCUGAACCGACAACUCCGAAAACAACAACCGUUAAGACUUCAACAGUAAAGACGACUCCAGAGCCUACAACUCCGAAAACAACUACGGUGAAGACUACGACAGUAAAGACGACUCCUGAACCGACAACUCCGAAAACGACAACCGUUAAGACUACAACAGUAAAGACGACUCCAGAGCCUACAACUCCGAAAACAACUACGGUGAAGACUACGACAGUAAAGACGACUCCUGAACCGACAACUCCGAAAACAACAACCGUUAAGACUACGACAGUAAAGACGACUCCUGAACCGACAACUCCGAAAACAACAACCGUUAAGACUACAACAGUAAAGACGACUCCAGAGCCUACAACUCCGAAAACAACUACGGUGAAGACUACGACAGUAAAGACGACUGCAGAGCCGACAACUCCGAAAACAACCACCGUUAAGACUACAACAGUAAAGACGACUCCAGAGCCUACGACUCCGAAAACAACUACGGCGAAGACUACGACAGUAAAGACGACUCCUGUGCCUACAACUCCGAAAACAACUACAGUGAAGACUACGACAGUAAAGACGACUCCUGAACCGACAACUCCGAAAACAACAACCGUUAAGACUACAACAGUAAAGACGACUCCAGAGCCUACAACGCCGAAAACAACUACGGCGAAGACUACGACAGUAAAGACGACUCCUGAGCCUACAACUCCGAAAACAACAACCGUUAAGACUACAACAGUAAAGACGACUCCAGAGCCGACAACUCCGAAAACAACCACCGUUAAGACUACAACAGUAAAGACGACUCCAGAGCCUACAACUCCGAAAACAACUACGGUGAAGACUACGACAGUAAAGACGACUCCUGAACCGACAACUCCGAAAACAACAACCGUUAAGACUACAACAGUAAAGACGACUCCAGAGCCGACAACUCCGAAAACAACAACCGUUAAGACUACAACAGUAAAGACGACUCCAGAGCCUACAACUCCGAUAACAACAACCGUUAAGACUACAACAGUAAAGACGACUCCAGAGCCGACAACUCCGAAAACAACCACCGUUAAGACUACAACAGUAAAGACGACUCCAGAGCCGACAACUCCGAAAACAACUACGGCGAAGACUACGACAGUAAAGACGACUCCUGAGCCUACAACUCCGAAAACAACUACAGUGAAGACUACGACAGUAAAGACUACUCCUGAACCGACAACUCCGAAAACAACAACCGUUAAGACUACAACAGUAAAGACGACUCCAGAGCCGACAACUCCGAAAACAACAACCGUUAAGACUACAACAGUAAAGACGACUCCAGAGCCGACAACUCCGAAAACAACCACCGUUAAGACUACAACAGUAAAGACGACUCCAGAGCCUACAACUCCGAAAACAACUACGGUGAAGACUACGACAGUAAAGACGACUCCUGAACCGACAACUCCGAAAACCACAACCGUUAAGACUACAACAGUAAAGACGACUCCAGAGCCGACAACUCCGAAAACAACAACCGUUAAGACUACAACAGUAAAGACGACUCCAGAGCCGACAACUCCGAAAACAACAACCGUUAAGACUACAACAGUAAAGACGACUCCAGAGCCGACAACUCCGAAAACAACCACCGUUAAGACUACAACAUUAAAGACAACUCCUAAGCCGACAACUCCGAAAACAACUACUGUGAAGACUACAACAGUAAAGACAACUCCUAAGCCAACAACUCCUAAGCCAACAACUCCGAAAUCAACUACAGUGAAGACUACAACAGUAAAGACAACUCCCAAGCCGACAACUCCGAAAACAACUACAGUGAAGACUACAACAGUAAAGACAACUCCCAAGCCGACAACUCCGAAAACAACUACAGUGAAGACUACAACAGUAAAGACAACUCCCAAGCCAACAACUCCGAAAACAACUACAGUGAAGACCACAACAGUGAAGACAACUCCCAAGCCGACAACUACGAAAACAACUACAGUGAAGACCACAACAGUAAAGACAACUCUUAAGCCGACAACUCCGAAAACAACUACAGUGAAGACUACAACAGUAAAGACAACUCCCAAGCCGACAACUACGAAAACAACUACAGUGAAGACUACAACAGUAAAGACAACUCCCAAGCCGACAACUACGAAAACAACUACAGUGAAGACUACAACAGUAAAGACAACUCCCAAGCCAACAACUCCGAAAACAACUACAGUGAAGACCACAACAGUGAAGACAACUCCCAAGCCGACAACUCCGAAAUCAACUACAGUGAAGACUACAACAGUAAAGACAACUCCCAAGCCGACAACUCCAAAAACAACUACAGUGAAGACCACAACAGUGAAGACAACUCCCAAGCCGACAACUACGAAAACAACUACAGUGAAGACUACAACAGUAAAGACAACUCCCAAGCCGACAACUCCGAAAACAACUACAGUGAAGACCACAACAGUAAAGACAACUCCCAAGCCGACAACUCCGAAAACAACUACAGUGAAGACUACAACAGUAAAGACAACUCCCAAGCCAACAACUCCGAAAUCAACUACAGUGAAGACUACAACAGUAAAGACAACUCCCAAGCCGACAACUCCGAAAACAACUACAGUGAAGACUACAACAGUAAAGACAACUCCUAAGCCGACAACUCCCAAGCCGACAACUCCAAAAACAACUACAGUGAAGACCACAACAGUAAAGACAACUCCUAAGCCAACAACUCCGAAAUCAACUACAGUGAAGACUACAACAGUAAAGACAACUCCUAAGCCGACAACUCCCAAGCCGACAACUCCAAAAACAACUACAGUGAAGACCACAACAGUAAAGACAACUCCCAAGCCGACAACUCCGAAAACAACUACAGUGAAGACUACAACAGUAAAGGCAACUCCCAAGCCGACAACUACGAAAACAACUACAGUGAAGACCACAACAGUAAAGACAACUCCUAAGCCAACAACUCCGAAAUCAACUACAGUGAAGACUACAACAGUAAAGACAACUCCCAAGCCGACAACUCCGAAAACAACUACAGUGAAGACUACAACAGUAAAGACAACUCCCAAGCCGACAACUACGAAAACAACUACAGUGAAGACCACAACAGUAAAGACAACUCCCAAGCCGACAACUACGAAAACAACUACAGUGAAGACCACAACAGUAAAGACAACUCCCAAGCCGACAACUACGAAAACAACUACAGUGAAGACCACAACAGUAAAGACAACUCUUAAGCCGACAACUCCGAAAACAACUACAGUGAAGACUACAACAGUAAAGACAACUCCCAAGCCGACAACUCCGAAAACAACUACAGUGAAGACUACAACAGUAAAGACAACUCCCAAGCCGACAACUCCGAAAACAACUACAGUGAAGACUACAACAGUAAAGACAACUCCUAAGCCGACAACUCCGAAGACAACUACAGUGAAGACCACAACAGUAAAGACAACUCCCAAGCCGACAACUACGAAAACAACUACAGUGAAGACCACAACAGUAAAGACAACUCUUAAGCCGACAACUCCGAAAACAACUACAGUGAAGACUACAACAGUAAAGACAACUCCCAAGCCGACAACUCCGAAAACAACUACAGUGCAGACUACAACAAUAGAGACAACUCCGAAAACAACAACCGAAAAAACAACGCCGACGACAACAUCUGGGCGCCCCACAGAUUCGACAACGUUACGACCAACCACGAGACCAUCAACUUCUACUACUCCUAUGGGCCAACAUGACAUCCAUAAGCACCAUCACGUUCAUUAUCAUGAUUCGAAUGAUCCUGGCUGGCCGCUCCUUCCGCUGCCAGCGCUUCCUCCUCUGCCAGAACUUCCUCCUCUCCCAGCGCUUCCUGUUCCACCAUUUGCGCUGCCUCUGCCUCUACCAUUUCCUCUUCCGCUUCCAUUGCCGCUAUUGCCAAAGGUAAACUUAACCAAAGUUGAAUUGCCACAGGAUUCAUUACCAGAGGUUUCAUUACCAGAGGUUUCAUUGCCAGAAGUUUCAUUACCCUCUUUUCCAUCUUUGCCACAAUUGCCGAAUCCCUUUGGUGGAUUUCCAAGCUUUUUUUGGAGAUCGAAGCCAAAUGAAAACUGAGCGAAAGAUAUCUGUAAUCUACCUAUGGAUGUCUAUAUGUUUAUUCUGGAUUUCUCUGUUCGAAUCACGCUCUGACCUUUUUCCAAGAACAAACACAACACAUUCAUCAUUUCCCGCAUUGCAAUUUCGCAAAGUUCGUGCUGGGGGAAACUCAACUCAAAACUUUGGCUGAUGCAAUGCCCUGUAGAAAUUACAUCAGCAAAUAAACCGAAACCUCAGGAAAAAAACAUCGGAACUUUCAACUCCAGAAGUCAACACCCCCUUGUGUUUGUUUGUUUGUUGUUUUCGCAAAGUUAUAACAUUAUUUGUAGAGUUUUUUUUAAGGGAAUUGCACUAAAAACAGUGGACAGUGGCAGUGUCAGAGGGGUUUCCAAUGCUGAAACGGAUCUGUUUAUUAUUAUUAUUAUUUUAUAUUCUCAUAGAUUUGAUUGACUUUUGUUCACUCAUUAGGCAAUCAUCAAUCAUAGUUAAUCAAAUUUAUGACGCUAUUUGGUGUUAGAAUGGUUUAUGACUUUGGAGAGUCUCUCGAAAGUUUAAAGAACUUUAAAUUUCUAGAGAUACGAGCCCUAAGCUUCAGUGUUCAGCUCUCCCCAGACGAUGGCUGAUAAAUUAUGAAUGCCCUGGCACUGGGGCUCGUGACUCAAACAGGUGUAGAGGCAACUCUAUAGACUGGAGACUAGACUGGAGUGGAGUGUGUAUGAGCCUCCUCCCCUGAACCGACAUGGUCGUGAAAUGUUUCCUACAAAAGCACUACACAAAUGUUUAAUUUAUUCAAGACAUUUCGUGUGACGACUGGAAGGCACUGCUGAACCGAAACAAUAAAUCCAAGUAAAUGCAUAAAAAAUAAGUAUAAUUAAGGAAAAAAGCAUUACCCAAAAUGAAAGGUAACUGGUUCUGAACACGAUAUAUAUACUUGUAUAUUCUAGACAUAAGUUAAGCCAACUUUCAAUUCCGUUUCUGUUUAGAGGUUCGAGAAGCGGAUAUUGUGAGAAAGAUACUAUUACUAUUGCUAUUCUGUGAUCAUGUUAUAUGCAUAAGCAAAUGAGAUAAUCAGGGUGAUUACUAGGGAUUUUAAUAUUCAGAUUCAUGCUGGAACCACUAGACUAGACCCCUACAAUUAUCCACCAGCUGCUACUGCUGCCUCUAAAUGAACCUCUACCACAUCCCAUGAUAAUGGUGAUAUAAUAAACAGAGGGAGAUCUCUCAGGCAUCGGGGCUCAUUGUGCUCUAAAAAGAUCAUUGAAUCUCGGAUCAUUGGUUCCAUUGUGUGGAUUUACUUGCGGAAAUAUCAACAUCACAGACAGCUCAAGGAAUUGGUUCGGUUUGGCUUGGCUCGGUUUGGGUUCCUACUAGAUGUAAAUGUCACAACGAUCUAUAGAGAUCUGUUGAUCUGCUUAACAUUUGAAUGACUUUGGAAGUGAAUGGAAGUUUAGUUCUUCCAUCAAUACAAAAACCCUCAACAAGGUUCUCUUUUUUAAUAUCACAAAAGGUUUUAUUCAGGUUUUGAGUCUUUAAGUUUAAGUACAAAUUAGAGUUUUUAUACAUAUAAGUAGAUUAUAUUAGACUUUUAGACAAAACUUAGGGACUACGAGUAGCAACAAAAAAAAAAACGUUUAGAAAAGACUUAGGGGCUACGAGUAGCAAAAAAAAUACAUGGCAAGCCUCCACUACACUCUACACCCUCUUUUUCUCUCUCUACUUCUCUCAUCUGAGAAAA